GUAACCUUUGAAAACAAAAUGUGACGUGGCUAAUCCAGCUGGACAACAAAAACAAGAAACCUGAAUUAUUUCGCUGUACUCUGGAAGAAUAACUGAAACUUAAGUUUUGGAUAAUUAAGUCCCAACUAUAAUUAAAAGGGAAAACUCUUCUAAGUACUUCCGGGGAGGAAAAAAAACAAGCAGAUUUGAGGCAUGUUAUGCUGAGAUGUCUGGUAAGAUGUCUGACAGUGAAGUACCUCGUGCAGCAACCGAAGGGACAGAGGGGGCACCUGAGAUGCAGGAUCCCUCUCCUGCUGAGACACCAGGAAGCUCCUCGCCAUCUACGCCAGACAUCUCCACUGAUGUAGCCCCAACGAGGAAAGCCAGGAGGAGACCAGAGGCCAAGCCUGCGGCAGAAAGUGAGCCAACACCGAAAGCAGAGGAGCAGCAGCAGCCGGCAAAGACGCCCAGUGAGUCAACUGUCUCUCAAGGUGGAUGGGGAUACUGGGGCAGCUGGGGUAAAUCCAUCCUGUCCACAGCAACAGCUACUGUGGCCACUGUGGGCCAAGGGCUCACUCAGGUCAUCGAGAAGGCGGAAACAUCUCUAGGAAUUCCCAGUCCAACUGAACUCUCAGCAAAGGUUGAGGAAGAAGAGAAACAGCAGGUUUUGGAUUCCUCUCCUGCAGGAGAAGGCAGCAGCGAGAUGGAAAAAGUUGCAACCGAUGGAUCCUCAGCAGUGGGAAGUGCAAUGGGAAUGUUGUCGUCUCUAACAAGCGUUGUACAGACCACAGGGAAGACUGUGAUCACAGGAGGUCUGGAUGCCCUGGAGUUCAUUGGGAAGAAGACGAUGGAUGUGAUAGCCGAGGGUGAUCCAGGCUUUAAGAAGACCAAAGGACUGAUUAACAGGAACGUUACUCUGUCUCAGGUUUUGCGGGAGGCGAAGGAGCGAGAGGAGCUGCAGAAAGAGAAAGAGUCAUCAGAUACAGAGAAGAAGGGGGUCGCGCACUAUGGGAUGCUGUUUGAUGAAUUCCAGGGUCUGUCGCAUCUCGAAGCCCUGGAGAUACUGUCUAGAGAGAGCGAGUCCAAGGUGAAGUCUGUGCUGACAACUCUGUCUGGAGACGAGCUGAUCCAGCUCAGGGAGGAGUUGGACCAAAUCAAGGCCUCUUUGUCCUUGGUGGAGUUCGAUGAUGAGGAAGUUGACGACAAGAAAGAUGAAGACGGCACAGAGUUCGAGAAGGAUUUAACGUCAGCUGUAGAUGGUCUCAGUGUUUCUGCCACAGCUGACAAACUCAGUAAGGCCUGUAAGAACACCCGCAGCACAAUCAGCAACAUGAGCAAACCACAGGAAGACGACAGCCUAGAAGAGGAGAAGACACACUCUGCAGAGGAUGUACACGCUGCGGCCAUCAGGAGUCUCGCAGAGCUGACUGCUCGAUCCAUCGAGCUUUUCCACAAGCUGGCCGAGAUGAUCCUGUUCUCCAACAGCAGCACGGACGCCAGCAUCCUGUCACAGUUAACUGUUAUCCUGUGUAAAGAAAUCUCUCUGCUUUCCAAAAAGUUCACGUCCUGCCUGACCACAGCGGGGUUUAAUGAGAAGGGAGACGUCCUGAACCCGCUGAUUACAGGAGUCUUUCUCGAGGCUUCCAACAGUGCAUCUUAUAUCCAGGAUGCCUUCCAGCUCCUUAUGCCAAUACUGGAGAUUUCCUACAUCCAGAGGAGAGCUGGACCAUCGGAGCAGUGAUUUCUGACCUCCGCUGCUUCUGUAACUGACUAUGAUGAGACUGAAGCUGCCAACAGAGAACCAACAAAUCCUAAACACUUUUAUAAGCUGCUUUCUGUCACACAGUGUUAAUGUUUGUUGUUUGUAUGUUCUGUGCAGUAAGUGGACUCACUGAAGUCCUGACAUGGAAUGUCUGGGUCUGCCAGCUCUGAUCUGAGACAACUUAAAGGAAAUAUGAACAUGAAGCAGCACAAUCCUGUGCUUCUUGCUUUAACAGGUCACUGAUCAAAUCCGCCUGAAAGAACUCUUUAUCAAAAAACAAAUCAAGUGGAAAUGGAUGAGGAAUAUUAAUCUGUUUCAGACGGUUUCAACUAAAUAAAAAGGUACAUCGAA